UCCCGAAGCGCAAAGAAAUCCCUCAUGAUGACACAUCAGUAUGCCACCGUGCCCUGCACAUCCAGACAGCACUUGGUACAAUACUGAAAAAAACACCGAGGCACCGACGAACUGCCAUUGCUGGAGUUUUCUUGAUGUCACAAGAGCAUCGUCCUGCAAUAUUCCCCGGAAGAAAAUAUUUCAGGGUUUUAUCUCAUCACCGGGCAGAGCAAGAAUUAAUUAAGCAACGAGAGAACAUGGUGGCCGAGUGAAUGUUGGGGGCUAUCGGCAGAUGAAAGCAUGGGGCGCGGAGGAAGGAUGGACGAGUGGGCAGGAACUGUCGUGAUCGUCGUGGGUUGUAUUUUCUUCGGACUUGCCGCCGCCGCAGAGUUUAGCUGUUACGACUGUGCAGCACUGCUUAGUCCCGAAUCGAGUUGCGAGACGGGGCCAGACUUCAACUCGACCACAAAAUGCAAGACAUAUUGCUAUACAGAUGUCACGACCCAGGCAGGAGUUCGCUCGUACAUGAAGCGGGGCUGCACCACAGAGUUAGAGUGCACGGAGGAGACCACCUGCCGGGAGCUGUCCCGUACGGGACCCUGCCGCUCCUGCUGCCAGUCGAACCUGUGCAACGACGACGAGCCGGACUUGGACGCCAUCAACCGGGCGGGAAAAGUGGGCGUGGUGUGGUCUUACGGGGGGCGUAGCCUGGGAGUGGUAAUUGGUGUGGCGGUUGCCUUCGUUGACAAGAUGUAUUAAAUUAGUUGGAAUCAUGACACGGUGCUAUCACAAGAAGAGCAUGGAAUUUUUUUUCUACCUAUCUUCCCGUUCACUCUGUAUCUCCAAACAAAAAGGUUUGAACGGUUCUGUUGUUGUUGCUGAAGUGCUGUUUCUGACCAAUAAAAAUGCAGUCACAGGAACAGAGCCACGACCAGUCCGUUAUAAUCGAUAGCUAAUUGUAGAUUUCGGGAAUAAUGUUGGCCUUCGAAGAGAAGUACGCACCAAAUAUUAAAAUAAAUAGCAUUCUUCCUUUUUCAUUGUACUGUCAUCCAUAGCGUUGGUUCCUAUAGCUCUAGCCAUUUGAAGAAACAUAAUAGCAUGGAUUUUAAAGGUUCUGCCAACUUUGAUAUGGUGUGUUUAAUUCAAACCUUAUAAGUUCUGACAUUAGGAUAUUAGUUUCGUUAACGGGGUUGUUGGUCUUUUCCGUGCUUACAAAUUUCCUUUUUCUGCUCCAAUGCCGAGGAGUUUUCAAAAAGAAACAGAAAACGUUUGAAGGGUAGCUGCAA